GAUCUCAGUCCUCAGGCAAACAUAUACAUCUUUUUUAAAAAUCACAUAUUACCAAAUUACCAGAAGCCAACAGCAGCAGAGGAGUGAGGGAAGGCCUGGCCACACCCACCUGGCAGAGGAGAAAGCAGGAAGCCCAGGCAGGGCCUCAUAAAGAGGGAGGAAGCCGGCCUAGCCUGAUCUUUGGAAGCUCCUGGAGAAUUUAUUUUCCAGACAGACAGUUGGAUCUUUCACGGAGGUGGCAGCAACCCCAGGGGGUGGAGAAGAGAGGAGGAAAAGGAAAAACAUUGGAUGAAGAAUUAGUUUAAAGGAAAAUUAAAAAAUAAUUAGAGAAAUAGGGAAAGGCUGCCAAAAGGUUAAGAUAACUAACUGUGGAAAACUAGAGAAAUAAGGAGGAAGGAAAAUAAUCUGAGGUAAGGAAGGUGGCUAGAACCACAGGGCAAUCUAGCUUGGACAAGGGACUGGCUAGGUUGAAAGCUAAUAGAGGGAUUACUGGUUGGGAAAAAAGAAAACAGGACAACCAGUUAAAGUCUUUCCUGGGAAGGAGAGAGAAGGAAGGUGCUCGGAAAGGACUCAUAGGAGAGAUUAGUUGUAAAUAGAGGAGAGAAAGGAGAAAGAAGGGAAGGAGUCAAGAGUGGCAGGGCCCUCUAUUAGUACUGGAUAGCAGCCAAGGCUGCCCAAACACUGUGGUAAACGCAGAAAAAGUGGAAGGUAUUGAAGAGAAGAAUAGAAAAGACAGAGAUUGAAAUAAAUAAAAGGGGUAGAUAGGGGGAAAGAGCAAAACAUUAAAGGAGAAGGAAUAGAAUGAGUAAAAGACCUACCACUAGGCAAUAUAAACAGACACAAAAAAUGGCACAAAGUCAAGGAAGGUCACCAUCAGUCUCACCAGAAAGGCAAACAGAGAUAGGGGUCCAAAUGGCUAACUUAUUGGAGGAAUUUAAAAGCUUUAAAAAAGAUAUGAAACAAGAAAUGAGGGAAAAUAGAGAAGAGAUUAAGGAACAAGUGAGGAAAGAGGUGGAUAAAUUAGGAGGUAAAAUAGAAAGAAUAUCAGAGGAAAUUGGAGAAGUAAAAAAAGAAGUUAAGGAGGUAAAAAUAAGAGCUUGUGACUUAGAGAGAACAGUUAAAUCGGUUAAGGAGAGGCUACAACAAGAGGAAGGGAGAGGAAUGCAGUUAGAACUGAAAUAUAGAGAGAAACGUUUUAAACUUAGAGGUUUAUCGGAAUGUGCUAACGAAAAAUUAGAAGAGAGAAUUAUCCCUGCCUUAGAAGAAUUUUUAGAAUUAGAGGAUGGUAAAUUAGAAACAGAAAUAGAUAGAAUGUUCAGAAUUAACUCUAUUGUGGCCAGGGAAAGAAAGGUACCAAGGGAUAUAGUUAUCUAUCUGUUGAGAACAAAAAUAAGAGAUUUAAUAGUUCAAAGAAGUUACAAAGGAAAAUUGGUAAUAGAAAAUGAAGAGAUACAGAUAUUUAAAGAUGUCCCCAGCCAAAUUCUAAAAAAGAGACAGGAAUAUAAAUUUCUUACAAGACUAUUGAUGAAAGGGAAUAUAGAAUUUAGGUGGGAGAGAGUGGAAGUUGUAUCAUUUAUUUACAAGCAAAGAAGGUACAGAGUUGAUACAAUAGAGAAAGCAAAAGAGAUGUAUGAUAAAUUACAGAAGGAAUGGGAGGAUGGGAGUAAAAAGAAAUAGGGUUUGAGGUUGGGAGUGAAGAUUUUUGAUGAAGAGAUAAAGGAUUAUGGUAAUUUCAAGAAAAACAAAAAACAGUGAGGGAGCAAAGAUGGCACUGAAAUGCUUGACCUGGAAUGUGAAAGGGUUGAACUCUGGAGCAAAAAGGGCUUGUGUUUAUAAAUUUAUAGAAAAGCAAAAAGUUAAUAUUGUUUGCUUACAAGAAAUGCAUAUAAAUAAAAAGGAUAUAAAGUAUUUGAGAAAUCCAAAACUUGGUGUAGCAUAUAUAGUAGCAAAUGACAAAAGAAAGAAAGGAGUAGUGGUGUAUG